AUGGUCACCGUGGAAUGGAACAGGACAGGCCAUGAAUCAGGCAGUGACACAGAGCACAGACCUGCGAGCGUGCCCAAGCUGGCCUGGGGGAAGGAGGAGAAAGAAGGCCCUGGAGCUGCCCCAGCACAGCAGCCUGAAGAGGUGGAGCAGUUCCAGCCACCGCAGAAGGGUGCAGCCGUGCAGCGCACACGAGAGCAGGAACGCACCCGUGGCCGCUUCCGCAGAACAGCGCAGAUGGUUUGCAAAUUCAUGAAGAGGAUUCGGGAGGAAGAGAGCAGCGUCGUGGGCACUGUGGUCAGAGCGUACUCUCCCAUCUUCAAAACCAAGACCAGUGCUGCCCUGCUGGAUAUGCUUGUGGAGGAGGGUCCUUCCAGCCCAAAGCAAGUGCCGGCCAUGGUGAGGUACAUCCACCAGUGGCUGGUGGCCAAUGAGUUUCCUGAGUACAAUCUGUACAGGCCCCUUCUGGAUCUGACAGAGGCACAGCCCUCUGACGUGGUGAUGGCUCUCCUGCGUGUGGCCCCAGUGUGUGACAGAGCUGCUUUGGCCAUGUGGAAGAGCAUCAUGUGCACGCCCAGUGAAACAAAUUUCUGGGAAGAGGGAUCCUGCGAUCUCGCUGACUACCCGGGGAAAGGCCAGAACCUGCUGGACUACGGACAAGAGAUCACCUACGAGACGCGAUGCGGCGAUACACCACUCUGGACCCUGGAUCAGAGGAAGGAAUACAACAACUAA